AUGCCUUCCGCGGCACAACUCGAAAAGGAGGACAAGGAGCGCGAUGCUGCCUUCAAGCAGGCAAUGCACGGCAAGACCGGUGAAGGUCGAGGUGGCCUGUGGAACUAUAUAGGCAAGAAUCACGAAGCUCAGCAAGCCGCCGUCGACUCGUACUUCAAACAUUGGGACAACAAAGCCGCAGGCGAAGAAACGGAAGAGACCCGCAAAGCACGACGAGACGAAUAUGCUACCCUAACACGACACUACUACAAUCUUGCCACCGAUCUCUACGAAUAUGGCUGGUCACAGUCCUUCCAUUUCUGCAGAUUCUCCAAGGGCGAGCCGUUCAGACAAGCAAUUGCGCGACACGAACAUUACCUCGCACUUCGCAUGGGUUUGAAAGAAAAUCAGCGCGUACUCGAUGUAGGAUGCGGUGUUGGUGGUCCAGCACGCGAGAUCUGCAAGUUCACUGAUGCCAACAUUGUCGGAUUGAACAACAACGACUACCAAAUUGAGCGCGCAACUCAGUAUGCUAAGAAGGAGGGCCUUUCGCAUAAGUUGAGCUAUGUCAAGGGCGACUUCAUGCAGAUGUCCUUCCCAGACAACUCUUUCGACGCCGUCUACGCAAUCGAAGCUACUGUCCACGCACCCAGUCUUGAGGGUAUCUACUCUGAGAUCUUCCGUGUGCUUAAGCCAGGCGGAGUCUUCGGUGUAUACGAAUGGCUGAUGACCGACAAGUACGACAACGACAACCCACACCACCGCGAGAUCAGAUUGGGUAUCGAGCAAGGAGAUGGAAUCUCAAACAUGGAGAAGAUCGAGGUCGCUCUCGAGGCUAUGAAGGCUGCUGGAUUCGAGCUGGAAUUCAACGAGGAUCUUGCAGACCGACCAGAUGAGCUGCCGUGGUACUACCCUCUGUCUGGAGACCUCAGGUACAUGCAGACCAUUUGGGACUUCCCAACUCUUUUCCGCAUGACGAAGCUGGGUCGUGGCUUGGCACACAACUUCAUGGGCGCGUUGGAGACGAUCGGUGUUGCACCUAAGGGUACCCAAAAGACCGGUAACUCGCUUGCUGUUGCUGGUGACUGCCUUGUCGCUGGUGGUAAGGAGAAGUUGUUCACUCCCAUGUACAUGAUGAUUGGCCGGAAACCAGCUGCGAAGACCAAUGGCGUGCACUAG